AUCGCUACCUAACCAGGUUCCAAGAAUUCCCCACCCAUUCUAGGGGAUCAGGUAACUGAGACUCAAUGUCUAAGGUACUGUUUGCUUCGUUCUUCCUUUUGCUGCAAAACUUCCUCAGCCACAAUUAACUCAAUCUUUCAAACAUAGUCUGCUGUCUCCCCUCCUUCCAUGCUCUUUCCUUUGUUGUCUUUCAUAUAUACAAUGCUUACUUUUCACUUAUCCGAGUCCCUUUUCACUGCGCGGGUCUGUACCUGUACAUUUAUACAAUGUGCGGUUCUUGCACAAUGGAACGGAACUGUGCCCAUAUUUCUAUGUCAUUCACCUUCUCUACCUCUUCGCUCAUAAAACCCGCAUUCGCAACAACGACUUCCUCCCAACCUGUUACAGUCAGCAUAACUAUAGUCGCAACACAACCUUCACAGGCAACUUCCUGAACCCAAAACUCAAUCAUGGCUCCAGCGGGAUUGGCUAGACUAUACGCCCACCUUCCCUCCUCUCCUACCUCUCGAAACAUCACCUAUCGUGACCUCCACAAUCACGAUAUCAAAUGCCUCGCCUCCAUCCUCCGCGACUAUCCCAUCAGGCCAGAUUCGGCGUCGUCUUAUUGGGUCACCACCAAAGACGCCAUCAAAGACCUGCCAUCCCAUCUCCGCUCCUCAUCCCUAUCCCGCCUUUCCACCUCAGAGACCAAGGAUGGCAAAACAAAAGACGGCAAGCUAUGCGCCGGACACGCCGGCCUGAACGCCUCUUUGAUUCACUCCCUCUUCUUCGCUUUUCGUUCCGAGAUCGACCAUGGUCUCGGUGCCUUCCUCUAUCCAAUCUUCAUAUUCGCCGGCCUCCCGCAUGCCCAGGAACUUCGCUUUCGUCAAAUCGAGCCCAUCUCGCAGAUGUGGCGCUCAGACUUCGACAUUGCCGACCACACGCUUCCGGGCCGUGAGCCGCUCGUUCCCACGGAACAACUAGAUGGCGGACGCAGAGUACCCAAGUGGCGCCGGCAGGAGAAUGGCUGCGUAGCUUGCAUACUCUCCCGCCUCGGCAGCGACAAGGACGUCCUCUUCGCCCUGAUGGCGGGUAUGGUAGGGUGCUACAGCUCGCGCGUCGUGGGAAAGAAGACUUCGGACAUCAAGUCCAAGAGGGUACGUUUCGUGCGCUAUUGGUUGAAGAAGUUUGGCCGGGAGGGAGAGAAGAUGGCGGAGGAGGCGUGGGAGUGCGGCAAGGAGCUUAGGCGUGUUCGCAGAGCGUGGAGGGAGUAUGCUCGUCGUAGUGGGCAGAAGGGGUUCUAUGGCCAGGGAAGUGGUGGGUUGGUUGGCAUGUCAGGAUCUCCUAUCCACGACCGUUCAUCAACGCAAACGGCAGCGGGACUCCAUACUCCUACCCCAGAUGACAGACUCCCUCGCACCGGGCUGACGGCAGAGACUCCCCAAAUGCACACUGGGCAGUCCCCCCAGCACCCUUCCUCUCAGCCUGGCAUCAUCGCCCACCACCCUCAAUACCGCCUCUCCCCUCUAACCCCAUCAGUCCACUCCGACACCGCGAGCAUACCCUCCACCACUGCGGCAGACGUCGGACACACGCCUACCUUCGGCCUCAACCUCCCGCGUCCUCCCCUAGGCUCUCGUUACGACUCCCAAAAGCAAGAAACCUACCCGCAGACCCAGGCCCACCCCGAUGGAUUGCGAGGCAUGUACCGCGCGCAUGCGCCUGCGCCGCUGAACAUUCGACAACAGCGGCCCCAGGGCCCUACUAGUGUAGCACGAGAUAGCAUUUACGCCGGUUUCCGUGUUGAUGGCGGCGGGUACGAUAGUCCGCCUGGUAGUCCGCUGGGUACGCCGGUGGUGCCUGCGGGACCGUUGGGGGUUGGGGAUGAAGGGGGGAAUGAGGAGGGUAGGGGGAGGGGGACUAUGUGGAGUGACCUCUACUAAGGCCCAGUUUCACUGCCGUAUUUUCCUCCGAGUCUGAGAACGGGAGGGAGGUGAGUAGAUGGGGUGCGACGGUAGGUAUAGGUAAGUUCCGGGAAGAGGGGAGGGAGUAUAGCUCACUCUUCCCAGCAGAUGAAGAGAUAGAGGACUCUGGUGGGGUUGGUUGGUGUAUCUGCAGGGAACUUGUGUUGCACCGGGUUUCCUAUGCUGGAGGCCUGUUGGAUAAUCAUCUUAUAGAUGUGUCAUGUAUUAAUCUCACAUGCGUUUGCUGAUAUGCA